AUGGAACAAGAUGUCAUAAAUUUGAAAAACCAUACUACUCGAUAUAAAGUACUGAAAGAUGAAGAGAUAAAACAAAAAGCCCUGAAGACAUAUAUGGAUAGUGAUGAGUAUAAAAAAGAAGUUGAAGCAAAUGUAAAGGCAGAAAAACUUUUACAGUUGCAAAACCAAACCGUACAGUAUGAAAACUUAGCACAAGAAAGUAAAAAUAACGACGCAGCCAUGCAAAAGGCAAUGAAAAGCGCGGAAUAUAUAAAAGCUAACAAUGACUGGUUAGAUGCCCAAGCCAACGCCAAAGCAGCCCAGCUUAUAGGGUCAAUAAGGACAAAAAUACAAGCGGAUGAAGACAGUUCAAAUGAAACUUUAACAAAUGCUGACUUUAAGAACGCCUUCGAAGCUCUUCAUAGUAAGGUGAAACAAGUGAACGACUUCUCAUCUGGAAAGAAACUGAAGUCUGAAGGUUUCGACAAAGAGUUAAGAGAAGUAGCACAAAAUAUGACGAAAAUAAUAGAUCCAGCAACGAGACAGGCAGUUCAAAGUGCCUAUGACGCCGUUAGAGCAACUGUUGUGAAAAGUCAAGAAAAAGAGUUACAACAGACCAAAACAGACCUAGUAAAUGCUUUCUUAAAAACGAAAAGUCAGGUAGGACAUUACGCUGCAGAUGGAACAUAUGUGCCAGCUGGUGGAACUUAUAUACCACCAAACCCUCCAAGAGAAGCACCUGCACCAGGACUACCUAAAACAUUUACGAAGAAGUCUCAACAAAACAUUGACGAAGAAGUCUCAACAAAACAUUGA